CAGGCUCGGGAGCAGCAGCGUGCCGAACAAUCCCGGGCAGGGCUCGCCUCGCUGGUGACAUCACUGCCGGAGAUACUCCCCGCUCUCAGUGCCUGCCUUCGCGAGGCGUCCGUCCGUUUGUCCGUUUCCUUCCGUCCGCUGCUGGAGAGGGCUCUUCGCCGGCCGGGGACAGAGCCGGGCACCGAGGAGCGACAGGACCCGGAGGAGGAGGGAGAGCAAAGGCAGCGAGGGAAGGAGGACCCCGGCAGGCGACAGCAUGAAAUUCAGCCCAGCGCACUACUUGCUGCCUCUCCUGCCGGCGCUGGUCCUCAGCACCAGGACUAUGAAGAGCUAGAAAAGCAGCUGAAAGAAGUCUUUAAGGAGCGAACCAACAUCCUCCAUCAGCUGACAAAGACAUCAAGAGAACUUGAUGGAAUUAAAGUCAACCUUCAGUCUUUGAAAAAUGAUGAGAGAUCUUCCAAAACUGAUGUUGAGAAGCUUCUGGAAAUAGGUCAGAGACAAAGAGAACAAAUGAAGUCUCUCCAGGAGGUCCUGCAAAAUCAACUUAAAGAGACAACCGAGAAAGCAGAAAAACAACAAGCUACUAUUAAUUUUUUAAAGACUGACAUGGAAAGAAAAAGCAAAAUGAUCCGAGAUCUCCAGAAUGAGAACAAAAGCUUGAAGAACAAACUCUUGUCAGGAAGCAAGCUGUGUGGCAUCCAUGCAGAGGAGUCAAAAAAAAUCCAAGCCCAGCUAAAGGAGCUUCGUUAUGGGAAGAAGGAUUUAUUAUUUAAGGCCCAACAACUUACUGAUCUGGAACAAAAAUUAGCUGUGGCCAAAAAUGAGCUGGAGAAAGCGGCUCUUGACCGGGACUCACAGCUGAAGGCAAUGAAGGAGACUGUGCAUCUCUGCCUGUCCACCGUGUUCCGUAAUCAGGCUCCUCCUCCUUUGAGUCUAACGAGGCCAAGUCCGACUCAGCUGCCACUUGUACCUGGGACAGCUAGCCCUGUGAUUCCUGAUGCAAGUUCAAAAUUCCAGCCUGAGCAAACCAUUCUUGGAAGGACUGAGAGCUCUCAAGUUGAGACAACAAAGGAAGAAAAUUCGAACAACACUGAGUGCAAUUCUCAAAAUCUUUUACAAGAGGGCAGGACCUGCUCAACGAAGCACAAAGUCGUUCCCCUAAUCAAUGCUACUGCAGAGCCAGUGACUGCCCCAAAGAAAUUGCAAAUGCCUCCUUGUACUGAAUGUGAGGUGAAAAAAACCCCGGAAAAACAAUUGACCAGCUUUGAAGGGAGGGCAACUAGAGAAGAAAAAAUACUGUAAAUAUCAAGAAACUGUGUUAAAAACAUCACUUGUGAUUAUCUUCAUACUCUUUUCAAACCACAGGCUUGAUGGAAAUACUAAGUUUUUAAAGCAUGCAACUUUUUCACAAUUUUCUGUAACUUUAUAUAAAGUAGUCUACAAAUUUUCCAAGAGAUUUCAGGCCAAUUAUGAUCCUUAAGCAAUAACCUAAUUAAAAUGGAUAUCCACAGUCAUAAAUAGUCAUUGUCAUCAGUAAAUUGCCCAGCAUAAAUUGGUCAGUUCUGAACUCAAAUGCAGUGAACAACAUUUAAUCCUUCUGGUUCAUUGGGUAUCUAGUUCUUUAUGAUCUAGUUUUGAAUUCAACUGGAGAAUGAUAAAAAUUUUGUGGAUCCUUGGCAUUCUUAGAAUCCAAAUUGCAACCAAAUCAUAAAGAUUCUGUUCCACAUUGGCCAUUGGGAGUCACUUUAAGGUUGGAAUCUGUGCCAACCUGAAUAUAUUGUUUAUUGGAGGGUGUUUAUUGCCAUUCCUAUUAUUAUUUUGAACCAUGUCUAAAUAAAGUCAAGACAAUUCUGUCAGAUUUUUAGUCAACUAACAAAAUUCAUUAAACAUGUUUAGUAUGAUGUAGACAAAAUAUCUGGAUGAAUGACUGAAUUUCUGACACAAUUGACAAGAUCUUUUUUGGCAUUCUAUAGACACAUCCCUAUGGUUGUCUGCUGGACAUUACUCCAAGUUAGGAAUUGAGUUCUUUGAAAUGCUUGGCAAGAUUUUGUGUGUGUGUGUGCGAAAUUGGGUAGUGGAAUGUGGGAUGACAAGAGGGUUGCAAAACAGAAAUAUGCAAGCAGAUAAUACACAUUUUAAAAUGGGGAGUUGAUGAAAUUAAAACAGCCAUGAAGAACCAAUGAACCCAGAUUUGUAUAUUUUGAAAACAAAUGUAUUACUAAAACAAGUCAACAGCUGUGAUCAUCACUGAAGUUGGGUCUCUCCAUAGGAAUACCACUAAUCAAAUAAAUGCACUCCUGAAUCAUCUAAAAUGUAGCUCACGAUCAAUAGGAAUUGAUACAUGAAUAAUAGUCUGAUAGGAUUGACAGCAUCAAACUUAAAGACUCAAAUUAAUGCGUUAAAAUGAUUCAGUUAGGUUGUGUGCACAGAAUAUAUUUGCGUCUACUGACUAGAUCCAUUUUGCAAACACAUAAAGCAUACAUAACAAUUGGUUUUAUAGAAUGGAUCUCCAAGUUAAUGUAUUUGGAGCACUGCAUCUUAGAAGAUAUUGUUACUUUAAGAAAGGAAGGGAGAGAAGAAGGGAGGGAAGGAAGGAAGAAAGGAAGGAAAGUAGGGAAGGAGGGAGGAAGGAAGGAGAAAUGGAAGGAGGGAGGAAGGAAAUCUGUAAUUAAUGGAUGACCUUAAAUUCUGAUAUAUAAUGGCACACCUUUGAUCUCAGUGAUGUAGUCCAAGAAAUUUAGUGGUUUGGAGGAAUGUCAAACUAUCAUAAAUAUUAUAAGUAUUAUUGUGAUAUAACCACGUGACAGUUAUACUUGUGGAGUAAUUCAGUGUCAUUUAUCUGUAUUUUUUUUUUUAAGAUUUCAGGCUACCCCCCCCCAAAAAAAAAGAGAGAGAGAGAGAAUUUAUUUUAUAGAUGGUCCUUAGAGGUUUCAAACAAAGUGACCAGGAUAGAAGAAAAAAAAAUCAAGGUCCAAAUUUUCCUCUUAGCUCUAAUACUCUUUUAAUUCUUUGAGAUGGAUUAUUGCUAGUUUCUGAGUUCUGUUCCUCAUAAUUUCCCCACUGUACCCAGAAACCCUAACCAGCUUCAAUGAUUAUAGAAGGAAAGCUGCUAAUUUAUUUUAAUUUAGGUUCACUUCCCCAAACCCAUCCCAUGCUCCAAUCUCCCUCCAUAGACCCUAUGGAAAGUUAAUCACCAUUUCACCUUAGCACAUGUUUUGAGGCAACUUUGAAACUAAUAAAAAGAGAAUCGAACUGAUAUUUUCUGAAAUUUUUAUAAGAUGUUGAAAGAUGAGAAUUUAGCUUAAUAUUAAUCAAAUUUCAACAGUUUCACUUGUAAAUUAUUUUUCCCAAGCUCUAAAUCUCUAAUAUGUGACAAUAAUCAAUGUGUUUCUCUUAAUUACUGGCAUGAUCAAGUGGGCUUUCCAUGAGUAUAAUGUGUAAGUUUUUCUUUAAUAAUAGAUAUCAUUAUGCAUCCUUCAGAGUUGACUGUGGUUUACGCAUUGCAUUAUUUGUUUCAAAACAAAAAAGUAUCGUAGCAGAAGUGCUUUAUAAAUACUUUUAAGAAAUAUUAUGCAAAUUCCUUUUAAUAGUCAAAGCACAGAAUUCCUUUUUUUUUUUAGUGUAUUAUGUGACUUUAAUGAAUGCAUUUUAUUUUUUUCAAUUCUUUAAUUGCUUUAAAAUAGCAUCCAAAAGGUUUAAAAUGCUUUACUUACAUGUGCGGUUUUGUCCAUAAAAGAGAUGCUGUCUCUUAUUAUUUCUUUUACUUAACAGUUAGAUAAGUCGAUGUUGUUUUUGAGGCGUUAACAUUCAUAGCCUAACUACCCUCACAUGGAAGGAAAUAUUAGCUGACGUUAAAUUCAGGUAGUGUAAUUCUAUUACGUGCCUGUAAUGGUAAGCAGUAAAAGAUUACUAAAAAUUUGCAGAAUGUAAAUUGACUCCUAUUGAAAAACAAAUAUACUUUUUCCACUGGAAUAAACUUGUUUUAAUAUAAGUACUAAUGAAACUAACAAAAACAUACUUCUCUAGUUAUUUUAAAAUAUUAAUCUAUGCUAUAUAGCCAUUCUAAGUUAGGAGUUCAUUUUGGACUUUGUUUUUCCUUUUCUAUGCAUUACAUUAUAUGUAAAUUGUAUGAGUGCCUAAAAUGUAUAAGGCCUGAAUGCUGACUGUCUAUCCAAUGCCAACAUGCCUCAGAAGAAAAGUGACUCAUUCAGUAACUCAUCUAGAUGUGGUUUUCUGUGUGAUCUUAAAAUCUCUGAAUACUGAAUAUAUUAGAUGACUAACUUUUUUUUAAUCAUUCCUUAAGCAUAUGUUUAGCAUUAUAAUGCUAUUUCAGACACAAUUCUGUUUCAUAAAAUAUACGGGAUUACAAGUCUAAGAGAGGUGAGAAGUAGACAUUUACUGUUUUAGAUUACAGUGCAGAGAGCUGGAUUAAAACAGUAUCUGUUGAACUUUGCUCUAAUGGAAUCUUAUUCUUAUAGCUCAGGUACUGUAAGGAGCAUUAAUGGCCGCAGAGGCUGAGAUGAUUACUGAUACCAUAGAGUGAGUUGAGCUGGGCAGACCUAGAGAGUUAUGAAAACAUAGACUUGUUUACUUAGGGGAUGUUUUCUUAGUCAUGUGUACAGUCUUAGAUCCCCCCAAACUAUUUGUUGGAUUAUGUUAUAUAUAUCAAUGGUCAAUGGUAAAGAAUAAAAGUUACUGAAAGAUGGCCUAUUUUUCCUCAAUAAAGAUUUAUUACCAAGACUA